AUGUCGUACAGAGUCGCCGCCCCCGAUGAGUACCUCGCCAUCACGGGUAUGUCCGUGAAGACGGUCAAGAUCACAAAGGCAGCAUGGGUGUGGCCCUUCCAGCGGUGCAUGCGCUUCAGCGUCCAGCCCCACGACUAUGCCAUGAACCUGCAAGCCAUGACCAAGGAGAAGCUCCAGUUUCUCCUGCCCGUCGUCUUCACCGUCGGUCCGGAUGUCAACCAGCGCGGCGCCAACGCUACGCAUCAGGCCGGCCACUCUAUUGCUCCAAGCCGCGACGACGACGAGGAUGACCAUGUCUCCUCCAACCGCCGCGAGGACCGCGGUGACUCGCUCAUGAAGUACGCCAUGUUGCUCGCCGACUCGGGCGAGAACAAGGGCGGCACCAUGGCCCACCUCGAGAACAUCGUCAAGGGCAUCAUCGAGGGUGAGGUUCGUGUCCUCGUCUCGAGCAUGACCAUGGAGGAGAUCUUCACCGAGCGCGAGGUUUUCAAGCGCCGCAUCUUCAAGAACAUCCAGUCCGAGCUCGACCAGUUCGGCCUCAAGAUCUACAACGCAAACGUCAAGGAGCUCAAGGACGCACCCAACUCCAACUACUUCGAGUCCCUGUCCCGCAAGGCCCACGAGGGCGCCAGCAACCAGGCCAGGAUCGACGUCGCCGAGGCCCAGCUGCGCGGAAACGUCGGCGAGUCCAAGCGCAAGGGAGAGCAGGAGCGGGAAAUUGCAAAGAUCUACGCCGAGACGGCCGUCCAGAAGACGGAGCGCGACAUUGAGCGCGCCACCGCCGAGGCCAACCUCGACACCCGCCAGGCCUCCCUCAGCAGGGACGUCGAGAUCGCCCGCGUCGAGGCCCGCCGCGCCCUCGAGUCCAAGGACGAGGACCUCAAGCGCCAGGUCGAGCUCAAGCGCGCCGCCGCCGAGAUCGAGCGCCUGCGUGCCACCGACGUCGUCAAGGCCACCAUCGAACGCGAGGCCCGCCAGCAGAAGGCCGACGCCGAGGCCUACGCCAUUGAGGCCGAUGCCAAGGCCAACUUCGAGAAGAGCCAGCGCGAGACAGAGGCAACGGCCUACAAGACCCAAAAAGACGCCGACGCUCUUACCGCCGCCGAGUUCAACCGCACCACCAAGACGGCAGAUGCCAACGCCUACAAGUCCCGCCAGGACGCCGAGGCCCACCAGUACUCGGCCCAGCUGACCGCCGAGGCCGAGCUCGCCCUGGCGCUGAAGAAGGCCGAGGGCGUCGCCGCGAUGGCCGAGGCCUACGGCAAGAUGGCCGGCGCCUUCGGCGGCCCCUCGGGCCUGCUGCAGUACCUCAUGAUCGAGAACGGCACCUACGUCGAGCUCGCCAAGGCCAACGCCGGCGCCAUCCAAGGCCUGCAGCCCAAGAUCAGCGUCUGGAACACGGGCAGCCAGGGCGGCGAGGGCGCCGGCGGCGGCGGGAACUCGGGGGCCGACACCAUGCGCAACAUCUACCAGAUGCUGCCGCCCCUGAUGACCACCAUCAACGAGCAGACGGGCAUCACGCUGCCAGAGUGGCAGUUCGGCAAGCUCAACGCCGGUAUGGAGGCGAUGCAGGGCGGCAAGGCCCAGGUCAACGGCAACCACUAA